CUCCAUCUAAAAAAUAUAAAUUUAAACACGCCAUUUUGGAUAUAUAACAUUACGUAAACCGUCUAACUGUAACUACGCUUCCACUGAAACACAAAUCUUUUAACGUUUUUCUAUUGUUAUUAUAAUGUUAUUUUUUCGAAUGUGCCAAAUUUUCCGUUUAUACAUUUUAUUAUUAUUAUUGUGUAUUUUAAUUGAUAUUGUAUUUAAUAAACCUAUACAAAACUUUGAGCGUUUUUGUCGAUCGCCAGUUUCUUUAUCGGAUGUGACAGCGCAUAUAACGCCGAUAUCAGUGACCUCACCUGUGUCUACGGCCGCUAAGGUCACCACGUCGUCGGCUAAGACGACUACCGCGUCCUCGGAGCCCGACAUGGCCUUCCCCGCCGUCUUGAAAGGCUCCCAAAAGCAGAGAGUGCCCCCACCGGUCCCUCCGAGAGGCUCCCCCAAAGCUAAGCGGGGAGGUGCGACCUCUCAAGCGUCUAGCAUCGACACGAAAGGUGAUUAUCCGAAUCUAAACAUCUCUGUGAAUGAUAUUCCUCCGCAGACACCUAUCACGAGCAGCGAUGAUGAUUUCUGCUUCUAUGGGCAUGACUUUAAGUUUAAAGAACCCACUGCAUGUCGCAUCCCACCGUCCGUAUCCAACAGUUCAGUUAAGAUCACGAAAUUAGUUGCAUCCAACUCUUUCUUAGACUUCGUAGAAGAAGCUGAUAGUAUCACAGAGAGAUCUCAUCUUGGUAAAGAUUUGAUUGCUCAAACUUCGAUGAUGGCUAAGUUUAACAUUGAUAAAGUUUUGAUAGAGCAUUUGGACUCUGGAGAUUAUGAUGACACUUCUCUCACUGAAUCAAGUAGCGAAGAAAGGAUUGUUGUUCAUGAAAUUCGCGAUCCCGUUGAAGAAGUUAGAGCAAAACAGUCGAAAAGUCCUUCACAGUUUGUCAAAGAAGUCGUAACAACGAUUGGGGAUAAAUUGACUGGGAAAACACCAACUGAUUUAGGCUCUUCAACAGAAAAAGUUAGCGUUCAUAACGUUAAAUCAUCAGAUCUGAUAUUUGCGGCCCGAUCUUUGAAGAAAGUAGCACCUGCAGAACAGAUGAAGGUAGAGCAAGUUCAGAAACCAGAAACAGAAGUAAAAGCCGAAAAGAACGGCUCAAAACAAGGAAUAAUAUCAGGCAUAUCAAAGAAAUUAAACUUCAAUCAAUCUAAAAGAGACAAAAACCGUUCCCAAGAUAAGAAACCAAAACCAAAAGUCGAAAUAAGAACAUACAUGCAAGGAAUGACAAAAGACGAAGUGGUAUGCCAGAAAAAGGCAAAAGCUAAGAUAGAUUUGUUCCAAAAGCAUAUUAUCAGAGCCCAGACUGACUCUGAUAGUUCAAGAAGAAGUUCUAUAUCAUCGUCACAAGAAAGCAAGCAAUCGGACAAACAGACAGAUAAGCAAAGAUUGGUUAAAGAAACCAAGAAAAUAUUUGAACCAAUAGAAUAUACCCACGGCAGUUUAACAUCAAUUGACAAGAAGAAUUUCUCAUUAACCACAACUGUUGUUAAUCCAGUCGUUUCGAAAUCAAUAAGUGGAAAUGUUCACGAGAAGAUAAAGCAAUUUUCAGUGACACCUUUGACGAAAACUCCGAAUAAAAUACCGAGGAAAAAGAAAAGCAGUUUUAAGAGGAAAUCUGAUAGAAAGAAAGUGUUAAUUAAGAUGAGAAAAGACAUUGAAGAAAUAUUGUAGAAGUUAAAUUUGAGGAGAAGCGAAAAAAGAAAUUGGAUUCAGAUGGUCUAAAAAGAGAUUGAGAAUUUCAAAAUUAUGAGACAAUAAUUUCGAAAAAUGGAUUGAUAAUUAUAAAGAUAUUUCCUAUAGGCUCAAAGCCAUUAAAAAUACAUUUAGUUAAGCAUGUUAAACGUUUUAGAUUGUGUUGUGAAUCGUACUGACUGCCAUUUUUUCUAUUAAUGAGUUUCACGUUAUGCUCGGUCGUUGGAUUUUCAAAUUUUAUUAUAUUUCCCUUCCUAUCAUGUCAUGUAUGUAUGAGUGCAUCCUUUUAGACUAACACAUUUUGCGUAUAAGUAUUUAGUUGCUACAUCAACCAUCAGUAUUUAGGUGCAGUUUUCUAAGAAUGUGUUCAGUUUCGAGCUCAUCCUUAGCAUUGUGAAUUGGCAUAAGAUUAGUUUUUCAAAAGGAGCGAAAAGUCGUAGAAAUGACCACAUUUUUGCCCAACUGUAUUUUUGACUCAUGUAGAUCCCGUAUCUAUAAUUUUCCAUUUAAU